AUGCAGCAGCCACUGCGGUAUUGCCUCCUUCUUCUGUAGUGGGCCUCUCCAUGACGGCUACCAAAGCCAACGGCUAACAUCCUCAAUCAGGGCCUGACCAACAACCGCAUCAUGAUCCCAAUCAAGCCAGAACCGGAUUUAGAUAGCGCCUCGGCCACAUCCGACCUCCACUCCCUCGACUCGGAGACGUUGCACGAAACGCGGCCCAACCGCUGGCGCGGCCACCCGUCGACCUGGCAGGGCUGGACGGAGCGCGACCGGGAGACGUGGACCGCGCUGGAGAAUGCGCGGCGCGGGGAUCUGGCCGUGCAUCUGUAUAAUGCGUGCGGGCUGAAGCGCGGGUGGCGGGCCGGGCCUGUGCAGGAUGGCGAUGGAAAUGGGGACGAUGAUGGAGCUGGAAAGGGAUGGAAGCCCGACAAGGGGUGGACCGCGUGGCCGAUGAAGGCCGACGAGGUGCCUGAUGACGGGCUCCUGCCGCGGGCGGCGGAUGUGAACGAGCCGUUCACCCUGCGGCGGGAGGACCGGGCCCGGUCCUUUGCGGGGUGCAACCUGGAGGAGGAGAUCUCGGCCGCGAUGCUGCGGUGCGCCAAGGAGAGGUUUCGCAGGAGGGGCCUGCAGCGCGGCGCGGCGGGCGGCAGCGCUCCUGGGGUUGUUGUGCAAUCGGUCGAAAAGGAUGACGCAAACGCGACAGCCACCGAGGGCGAGACGGACGCGUCCGGUACCGCGGCGACCAGUGCCAAGGACGAGGACGACACAGACGCGGACGCGCUGGCGAGGGUGCUGCGAAGGAAACGGCGCAGAGCCGUGUCGCCGACCUUCACGCCCGUCUUGUCCGCCGAUGACGAGCGCUCGUCGGCGCUGCUUCGGCCGCUGGCGAGGCGGAUAAUGGCGCAGCUUGACGAUACCCUCAUGAUCCUGCACAACCAACGCGUUGCUGGCCUCGGUUGUAUGUCCGAGUCUUCUGCUAGCGACGACGACGAGACGGGCGUCGAGAGCGUGCCGCAGAGGGCAGCCAAGUCCCCGCCCCCGCGCAGGUACCGAGGGGGCAGGCCGAAGAAGGUGCAUGUGCCUCGGGAGGGAGAGACGGAGCGGGAGAUGCUGGUCCGACUCGCGAGAGAGGGCAAGAGGAAAAUCCCCACGUUUUCCUCGGACGAGUCGGAGCCGGGGAGAGGCGAGCGAAGCCGCGGCCGAACGAGGAGCGUCAGCAGCAAACGCCGUGCAGCAUCGGCAAGCUCUCAGGCGGCGUCCCGGUCCGAGAAGUCCCGUUCUCGAAGUUCCAGCGUCUCGUCCGAGCUCAACAGGGAGAAGCGUCUCUCGAGGUGGGGCUUGCGGGAUUGGAGAGACGUGUUGGGCGCCGCAGCCCUGGCCGGGUUCUCCCCGGCAACGAUUUCCCGUGCGGCGCAGCGGUGUGCGACGCUCUUCAGGGAGGAGAUCACGAUGCACACGCUGCACGAGCAGUCGGCUGCAUCGGAAAGACCGGCGGUAGAGACGGUGCGGUAUGUGCCAGGCGCUCCGCUGCCUCCGUCCUCCGACGAGGAGACCGAGUCCGAGGAAGAGCUGCUCCAGCUUCGCACCGUCAGCCGCCAAUCGAGCCUCCGACCCGCCGGUGCCUCGUCUCCCGAGCCGGAGCGGGAAGUGCGACGCCGCAGCCGGUCGGGUACGCCCGGAAUCCUAGUGUGCCCCCAUCCGGGCUGCCCAAGGGCCGCCGAGGGGUUCAGGAAGCGGUCAAAUUUGGAGAGGCACAUACGAACUGUGCACAAGGACCAGACGGCAGAUUACACAGACUACACGGACGCAGAGCUGACAGAGGCGGGGAGGACACCCCGUCGGCGCAGCCGGUCGGCCACGCCUGGAGGCACCGUCCAUCUCUGCCAUUAUCCGCACUGCCCGAGGGCCGUCGAGGGGUUCAGGAAGCGGUCCAACCUCGCGCGGCACCUUCGGAGUGUGCACGGAAAACGGGCGGCAGACUUCGCAGAGGACGAAGAGGACACCAUGGACGAGAUGGAUGGCGGGGUGCAUGUGGAUGGGUUCCUGAGGCCGAUCAAGGUCAGGAAGGGGUGGCGCGGAGAUGACGUGCAGCCACGGCCACCCCGAUCGCGUAAGAGGGCCAGGCAAGGAUCCGAGGAGCUUGAUUCAUUUCUGUCGUGAAAGGGAACCAUGAACGGC